UUUAAUCAUGAAUCUUACACAUGCGCAGUUGGUAACCAUGAACCACGUGUAGUACUCAAAAUGGCUGCCAGUGAAGAAAAGAAGAGAAAAGGAGGUGAAGGAGUUGUUCUAGAGCUGGAAUUAGUGAUUGGGAGCUACGAGAGUCUAUUAUGUGGCCUAUCCUAUGAUUUACUGGAGGAUGAAGCAAAAUUGAGAUCAAAAUUCAAAGAGAAAGCUCACAUGAGCUCUAUAAGAUCAGUGGCAGCUUCAAAUAAUGGGAUACUAGCCUCAGGGGGGACUGACGAGAUUAUUAAAUUAUACAACAUGAGGACUCACACAGAACUAGGCACAUUAAUACAACACGAUGGUACUAUUAAUUAUUUAUUAUUUCAAGAUGAUGGUAAAUAUUUGUACAGUGCUAGUGAUGAUGGUUCAGUCUGUGUCUGGUCCACUCAUGACUGGCAGUGUCUUCACGUAUUGAAAGGACACAAAGGUCCUGUUUCAUGUGUUGCUGUUCAUCCAAGUGGACGAUUAGCACUUUCUGUCGGUAAAGACAGAACCAUAAGGACCUGGGACCUAUCAACUGGCCGUUGUGCUUUUAUUAAAAAGUUCCCUCAAGCUCUUGAUCUUGUGGUUUGGUCCCCAGUUGGUGAUUCAUAUGUUAUAUCGUCUAAUAAUCAUUUUUCAUUAUUUCACGUUGAGACUGGCCCCAUACUCCUUCAAGUCAAUGUUGGUCAUCAUAUUAAUUCCAUUGUAUUUAUAACAGAUGAUAUUAUAGCAGUCGGGUCUGAGUCCAGUGAUAUUUUAUUUUAUUCCGUUACUAAGGAAGAACAAUUACUGAUCUCAUUGAAAGGUCACACCAACAGGAUAAAGUGUCUUUCUUUUGUACCAGGUGCUGGGCUAUUGUUCUCUGGUUCUUCUGACGGUUCAGUAAAAGUUUGGAAACUAUCAAUGGACAAUAUAUCGGAGAGUCAGUGUAUAGCUGAUGCUGAUAUUGGAGCUAGAUUGACUUGCAUGACACUAGUCUAUCCUCAGGAAUUGGAGGAGGGUGGGGCUAAGAAGAAACGCAAGAGAAAGACUAAGAUUCAGUCAACCUCUAAUGAAGAGGAACCAAUGACUGAGCAACUAAUGAAAGAUAGAGCUGUUGUUACAUUUGAAGAAGACACCAUUAGUAGUAUUAAUAAGGAACAAAAGAAGACAAGAGCUAAGAAGAGAAAGAAAGGGCCAGGAGGUGGUGCUAAGAGACCAUUAGUGACAGUAGAGUAUGAGGAAGAGGAGGAGGAGGAGGAGGAACAGACUGAACCGUUUGUAAAGAAGAAUAAGAAAUCAAAUAAUGGAAAGAAAGUCAAACUUGAUUCGUCUAAAAAGAAGAAAAGAAGACAUGUCUAGUUUUUGUGAUUGAAAUUAAUGUUAUUUUAAAAUUCA